UCUUCCUCUUCCUCUGCUCUUUGCUUUCUUCUGCUUCACUGCCUCUUCUUUCGUGCUUCAGCGCCUCUUUUUUAUAUUCUUCUCUUUAAUCUCUUAAUCUCUCUUAUCCCAUCACUCCACAGCCGCCCUCUCAAUGGGAUUUUUCUCCAUUGUUGUGGUUCGGCUCUAGAUUAUUACGCAUGCUCUCCUCCUACCCGAGAAAUUCUUCAUCAAACCCCCCUCCAAACUACUCCUACCCAACCACCGCACCUGCGCCCUCGACCGCAUACUUUGCAUCCCCUCAAUCCUCGUCGUCUUCCUUCUCGUCGUCCUCAUCCUCUUCUCUUUCGUCUGCCGCGUCCACAGUAAACUCCGACAUGGACACGCGCGACGCUCAGUCCGCAUCGUUCGGCUCCUACGGCUCAAACCCGUCGCAGCCGCAAGCAAUGCCCUACGAGCCCGCCGACGGCAGCCCCGCCCAGCGGCAGCACUACAUCUCGGGCUCGCCCUACGAUCCCUCUCCGGACGCCUCUGGGCGCCAGUACACGCAGUCGGCGUACAUAAGCCGGCCGUCGUACGCGUCGGACCCGCGGUACGCGCCGGACCAGCGCGCGGCCGCGGGACCUCCACCAAGUGCCUACGCGGACCCGUCGGUGGCCGCGCUCGGCGGAUACCAGGGCUACCCACCGGCGACGGGGUCGUGGCGUGCUGAAUGGUACCCACCUCCGACGAACUCGUUUCCGCCGCCAAACUCGGCGGCCGCGGCGGCGGCAGCGUCGGCGAUGGCGGGGCCGCCGAUGGGCUCGUUGGGUGGGAUGCGCGCGAUGGGAGCGCCCAAUGCGCUGCGCCGGCCGGGAGGGCUGGGCGGGGUUGGGAUUGGCGGGGUCGGGAUUGUGGGUGGAGGUGGAGCGGGUGGAGCGAGUGGGCGGAUGGGAGAGUUUGCGAGCAACACGGUGUACUCGUUUGUGCCAUUGCCGGGGAGCACGCAGCAGAAGCGGCCGCGGCGGCGGUUUGAGGAGAUUGAGCGGAUUUACACGUGCGGGUAUAAUGGAUGCGAGAAGGCGUAUGGAACGCUGAAUCAUUUGAAUGCGCAUGUGACGAUGCAGAACCAUGGGUCGAAGCGGACGCCGGAUGAGUUUAAGGAGACGCGGAAGAAAUGGAAGGAGAAGAAGAAGGAGGAAGAGAUGCGACGGAAGGCGGAGAACGACGCGCGACAGGCGGCAGUGCAACAGCAGCAGCACAUCAACAACACCACCAACAGCAACAACAACAACAACAACAACAGCAGCAGCAGCAGCAACAGCAAGUGCCAGGGCAGCCUGGUUCUGCAGCGGUUGCGCAGGUGGCAGGAGGGCAGGUUCAUGGAGGCCCAGGGCCGCAUUCGAUACCGUCGAUUUCGCCAUCUACGAGCGAUGGAUCAGGAGGCGGGCAAGGAGCAGCGCCGGCGAUGCAGACGCAGCAUUAUGGAUACCCUGAUCAGUAUUAUCAGUGAGGUAUAGAGUAUUUUUUAAUAAUCUGAUUUUAAUACUUUUUUUGAUUUUAUUUUUAUUUAUUUUGAGUAUAUGAUUUGUAUUUUGAGUGUCUAUUUAUAGGGGUUUUGUUUAUGUUCUUUGAUAAGAAGGAAGGA